AUGCACUGGUUAGCAGCAUUAGACAGCGCCGCAGAGCGGUUUGAUGGCGGUCGUCGGAGCUUUCCUCUGGCCAGCGAAGCUGACUUCGUUCGCAACUACGCGUACGAGCCGCCGAAUGAGGACUACAAGAAGCUCUUCUUCUGCCGAGCGACCAUCUCACGCUCGCAGCGUGAUCCAGGUGCUCGUCCGCACAGCGCAGGAUGGCUGAUCCCCACCCGUGACGAUGCCAGCGUCUGCAAAGCCCGUCUUCAUUGCCCACUCCGUCUUGUCAGCGAUCUGGCUCGCGCGAGACGCUCGCCCGACGACGUCCUGCCUGACAAUAUCUGGGAUCGUCUGGUCUCCGCGGCCGGUCGCUUGCGGAACGGGAUGGAAGAGCCGCCGUCUGCGCAGAAGCCCUUUGCUUCCCCUUCACAACAGGCCUCCGCUCCACCCCCGCAACAAAAGAAGCGGCCACACCUAUCUGCGCCGGCCCCUACACCAAAGCGCGCUCGAACAACCACUGAUGAGACACAUCCAGCCAGCCCUCAGCUGUCACAGCCUAGCGAACCAGAUGAGCAGCUGAAAGACUCCCCUCUGCACAUCACUACCAUCUCCAACAACAACCGCCGUGCGGAGCAAAAACGCAGCAGGACACUCGCCACUUCGCGUGCGAAGAAGCGGCUUGCCCUUGGCUGCCUACACCUCUAUGUGCAAAAGGACAAGUCCGUUGUCGCCUGGAUCAUCAAGCAGCCGGUCUCCGAUGACACGGACUUCUACAGCUCCACCCAAACUCCCUACCUUACGGCCUGCACCCUUCUAGAGAAAGCGCGCGUGCUUGGAAACCAGUCCUCUCGGUACCACGCUGCCCAGUUCCUGCAGGCUUGGCGAGAACGUGGCUCACCCUUCAGAGGUGGCGGCGAGCUCGCUGGCAGCCAGAGCAGGACCGGUGCGGGAGCUAAGCGCUUGCAGCUGCUAAGUGUGCGCAACGAUGCUGACAGGGAUUUCUGCUUUGCCUGGAACAUGUGCACACGUUACGAAGCAGAGCUAGCAGCUGUCCAUAUCGAGUCUCGAUGGGCGUCAGCUCUCCUAGGUCAAGCAUACUCCAACAAGAUAGCGCAGAUCUGGCAUAACGACUUUGUAUCUAGCAACGACAGGACGCGAAAUCGAUACGGAAAGGGACAGAUCCGCACAGAGGCAGUUGCAGCGCUAGUAGAGUUAGUUAGUCCCAACGCUACUGAGAAGGACAAGCAGGUGUUUAGACGACGGUUAGGCCAAGCCAUGCGCUGGUACUCCAUUAGUCAGGAGCUAGGCUGGGGCAUUCUGACCCUGAUACCACACGACGAGAUUGCGAAUUGCUGGAUAGAACGCACCCUCCGUGUAGGCCAGCUGCAUGUCUGGAUUGAGCUACUUAAGAAGGAGUGUCCAGACAUUUGUGCAGCUAGCAAGGCACUUAAGAACUGGUUAGGGCCAGAGGGAAUUGCUGGCGGGCCCAUCAACGAGAAGAAAACGCUGAGCAUUGAGGCGGAGGCGCCAGCAACCAUCUACGAGGUGGAAGAGAUUCAAGACAGCAAAGACGACGAAACUGACAACAGCGUUGACAACAGCACCAGAGAGCAAAGUCAUGCUUCGCCGAAGAGUCCUACGCCAGCUCCGCGGUUGCGUCAGCUAACUUUGCUUGAAUUGUUCCAUCCUGUAGAGUAG